CUUGUGGUACUUGUCCCUUUAAAUAACGGAGACGGUCUGCAAAUUGUGUCCGUAUUUCACGAAUAUUUAUCUGAAAACAAUAAUUCCUUCACCUGAAGGUGCACGCGGACCUUUUCAAAAGUACUGGCGUGUUGUUUUUCGCCGAAAAUUGGUCAAACGUCCUUGUAGCAGCUUGGAAAGGGCGUUAUUUUGUGCUCCGGGUCUCUAACACUGUAGACUCUUGAUUCCCUUGUGUUGGAUACAUACCGGGUACCUAUCAUCUCCACUGUGUACAGAACAGCACUGUAAAGAAACUGUACAUCAAAUACAUUAAAACGGUUUAGACUAAAUGUGUCGGGAGAUCGAUGCAAACAGCUGCACAGUUUCCUCUUUGAUGUAAUGCUACAUGUGUGAGCAACCACUGACGGUGUGAAGAUGAACCAACACCCAGAUGGAAGUCCCAGCCCCCAGUUCACGCUCUCCAACAAGGAGUUGCGUGAACUUAUGGAGACCCGCGGUGCGGAAGCGGUCACCAAAAUUCAAACAGAUUUUGGCGGCACGCAUGAAUUAUGUAAACGGCUAUUCAGUUCACCAGCUGAAGGCAUAAGUGAAGACGCAACCGACCAACAAAACCGAUUGCUAUUCUACGGAUCGAACGUUAUACCACCCAAACCACCCAAAACGUUCCUGCAGUUAGUCUGGGAAGCAUUACAGGAUAUUACUCUCAUCAUCCUUAUAGUAGCAGCUAUCAUCUCAUUAGGAUUAUCAUUUUAUAGACCACCAUCAAAUUCAUCGGAGGCAAGAAAGGCGGAUGUGGGUGCUGACGAUACUGAAUCUGAGGCCGGCUGGAUAGAGGGUGUUGCCAUCUUGGUCGCUGUCGCUGUGGUUGUCUUAGUCACAGCUUUCAAUGAUUGGAGGAAAGAGAAGCAGUUCCGUGGUCUGCAGAGCAAAAUCGAGGGCGAGCACAAAAUUGCUGUCAUCAGAGGAGGAAAUGUGCUCCAGUUGCCAGUAUCGGACAUUCUGGUUGGGGACAUCUGCCAAAUCAAAUAUGGUGAUCUUCUCCCAGCAGACGGCAUCGUCAUUCAGAGCAAUGACUUGAAGAUCGACGAGAGUUCGCUGACUGGUGAAUCUGACCAUGUCAAGAAGGGAGAAAACAUGGAUCCCAUUCUCCUGUCAGGCACGCAUGUGAUGGAAGGAAGUGCCAAGAUGUUGGUGACUGCAGUCGGCCUCAACUCGCAGACUGGUAUCAUCUUUGCGUUGCUCGGAGCAUCCCACGGAGACGAGGAGAAGGAUGACAAGAAGAAGAAGAAAAAGAAAACUGACGAAGGUGGAGGACAAAGCGUACCAUUACUUUCUAGCGAAGUUGACACAAAACCUGAUUCUGAUGCUGGGAGUUACCGUCAGACGGGCAACUCUCACACCCCCGAAGUGAAGGCCAACACUAAUGCAUCCACUGAUGAGAUUGAUGUGAAGGUGGUCGAUAACAAGAAAGAGGGUGCGGAAGAGGAGGGAGAAGAGAAUGCAGAGGGCGAGAAACCCAAGAAGGCGAGCGGCUUGGCCCGCAAAGAGAAAUCUGUACUCCAGGCAAAACUUACAAAGCUGGCUAUCCAAAUUGGAUAUGCAGGCACUGGAGUGGCUGUAUUAACUGUGGUGAUCCUGAUCUUACGUUUCUCUAUCACAACGUUUGUUGUGGACAAAAUGCCUUGGGAUGCAUAUUAUAUUCAGCACUUUGUGAAAUUCUUCAUUAUUGGUGUGACUGUGUUAGUAGUAGCUGUGCCUGAAGGUCUUCCACUUGCUGUUACGUUAGCCUUGGCUUAUUCUGUCAGGAAAAUGAUGCAUGACAAUAAUCUGGUACGACAUCUUGAUGCUUGUGAAACGAUGGGAAAUGCCACAGCGAUCUGUUCAGACAAGACUGGAACGUUGACCACAAACAGAAUGACUGUGGUACAGAGCUAUAUUGGAGGGACGCACCAUAAAACGACACCGGCAUUCUCCAGUAUUCCUGCGGACAUCCAACAACUGCUUAUUAGAUCCAUAGCAAUAAAUAGUGGAUACACAUCAAGAGUAGUGAAACAAGAUGCCGGUGAGCCCAAACAACUUGGCAACAAGACAGAAUGCGCCUUGAUCGGGUUUGUCAUGGACCUCGGCCAGAAUAUCGAUGCCAUUCGCGAGGAAAUCCCAGAGGAAAAACUAUACAAAGUCUACACAUUCAACUCAGUUAGGAAAUCCAUGAGCACAGUGAUACAAUUAGAGGGUGGCAACUUUAGAUUAUUUACCAAAGGAGCUUCGGAAAUAGUCCUCAAAAAGUGCAAGUUUAUCUUGGGCAGUGAUGGCAAACCGCACCCUUUCACUGCUGAAGAUUCAGAUGAGAUAGUAUGCAAUGUGAUUGAACCAAUGGCCUGUGAUGGACUCCGUACCAUCUGUGUCGCCUACAAGGACUUUGUCAAAGGUCCAGCACAAAUAAAUGAUGCUCAUUUUGAUGCAGAGCCUGACUGGGAGAAUGAGGCUGACAUCGUGACUGGUUUGACAGCCUUGUGUAUUACAGGCAUAGAAGAUCCUGUGCGACCAGAAGUCCCUAAUGCAAUCAAGAAGUGCCAGACCUCCGGUAUCACCGUACGUAUGGUCACUGGUGACAACAUCAACACCGCCCGAUCAAUCGCCACCAAGUGUGGUAUCCUCAAUCCAGGGGAUGACUUCUUAGUCUUAGAUGGAAAGGAAUUCAAUAGGAGAAUACGAGAUGAAACGGAAGAAAUUCAACAAGAACUCUUAGAUAAUAUAUGGCCUCGACUGCGAGUGUUAGCUAGGUCGUCACCGCAAGACAAGUAUAAUUUAGUGAAAGGCAUUAUUGACAGUAAAGUGAAUGCAAACCGAGAAGUCGUAGCAGUAACGGGUGAUGGUACCAAUGAUGGACCCGCAUUGAAAAAAGCUGAUGUAGGAUUUGCCAUGGGCAUUGCUGGUACAGAUGUAGCAAAGGAGGCAUCUGAUAUCAUUCUCACUGAUGAUAACUUCACUAGUAUAGUCAAAGCUGUCAUGUGGGGCCGCAACGUCUACGACAGCAUUGCAAAAUUCUUACAGUUCCAGCUUACUGUAAAUAUUGUAGCAGUGAUAGUUGCCUUCCUUGGGGCCUGUGUCAUCACAGACAGCCCACUGAAAGCAAUCCAAAUGUUGUGGGUGAACUUAAUUAUGGACACGUUAGCAUCUCUAGCACUUGCAACGGAACUUCCCUCGGAGGAAUUAUUAGAGAGGAAACCAUACGGAAGGACGAAACCACUAAUAUCUAGAACUAUGAUGAAAAAUAUUCUUGGUCAUACUAUUUAUCAGAUGAUAGUUAUUUUUGUUCUUCUUUUUUUAGGUGACCAAUUUUUUGAUAUAGACAGUGGUCGAAAGGCAAGGCUCCAUUCAGCUCCUUCUCAGCACUUCACUAUCAUCUUUAAUACAUUUGUAAUGAUGACACUUUUCAAUGAAAUCAACGCACGAAAGAUUCACGGACAACGUAACGUCUUCUCAGGAUUACAAAGGAAUAUAGUGUUUAUUGGUAUUUGGUUGGGCACAUUUGGUUCUCAGAUUAUAAUUGUUCAACUUGGAGGAGUAGCCUUCUCAACAGCCGGUCUCACAUUAGAUCAGUGGAUGUGGUGCCUCUUCUUCGGUGUGGGAGUGCUGGUCUGGGGACAGCUCGUGACAUCAAUACCAACCCAUAAACUGCCUCACAACUUGAGUUGGGGCUCAGGAACAGCCGAGGAGAUCGACCGGAUGGAAGAAAACCUUGAGGAUGCACCAGUCGAUGGGGUGGACCAGGAUAUGGGUCGACGCAGCGGCCAGAUCCUGUGGGUGCGAGGGCUGACCCGACUGCAGCACCAGACGCGUGUAGUAAACGCUUUCCGCAUGGGUUUAGAAUCACGUUACGACAACAUAGACAAACGUAGCCUCUCCUCUGUGCACUCGCUCCAAAACCUGGGACGGUUAAUGUACAAAAAACCAUCGGUGGCGACCCCCUCAACCCAGCAGGAGCACCCUGAGACCGCGCUUUGAGCGCCACUAACAGAUUGUCAGUAGAGGAGUACAGCUGAGGGUUGUGCAAGACUAUGGAUUACUGUGCAGUGCCAGAGGUUUCUGUUAAGAUCGUAAAAGACAUUUUUGAGCAUGAGAAAAAAGUUAAUGGAAAAGUGCUGGCAGAAUUCUGCACGCACAGGAAGGAAUAUUACCUUCUUGCAUAAGUAUAAGGAACGAAGUGUGCAUCUAUGAAAAUGGUAAAUAGAUUGAAAUGAUGAAGAAUCACAGGCCUGAUUUGGCCUGGGAUGUUUUGUAAAAUGUGUUAGGCCAGUUAGAACAAAUUUAUAAAAGUUGCGGGCGUAACGAAAACGGUCGCAGUAAAGACUCCAAACUGGUCAGUGUGACCAAAGAAUUUCACAGGAUCUGAUGAUAACGUGUAUAUAUUGUGUGUAUGUCCUGUCUAGAUGCACUAUAUACAUGCGCAGCACUCACUAUGUAUAUAUAAGUGUUAUUCUUUCUCUCUUCUUCUCUGGCUCUUUGUGUCACACCAUGCUCCAGCAUGUGUUUGCUGAAGACACCGCUUGGUGUGUUGAGGUGGCCUUGAUCUCUGAGCACCAUCCUGGCCCGAUGUCCAACAUUCCCACCUUGAUAAGUAGCAUUUCUGAGAGUGUAUGGCUGUGAACUUGAGGCCAAGAGCUCGAGGCCUUGUGUUUCAAGGUUCUGAGCACUGGCUGCAUCUAAUCUUACGGUAGCCCAACUGUCGAAAUGACUGAAUUCAAAGAAGUACGAAUUCAUGCUCUUGAUGUUGUAUGAUGUCCUUCUGAUCCUAAAUGCAAUAACUUGAUCAGUAAAAGGCUGUUGUAAAUACAAAAGCAGAACAUUUGAAAUUUGAGUGUUGGUGUGGCUUAAUAUGGGUCGAGGAAGCCCCGACCAAGUGGUGUUUCAAAAACUGCUCAGUUCCUGCAUAAUCUCAUGAUUUUAUUAGGUUCGUGUUAUGAACUUUUGUAGCCCCCUUGACACCAUCAUUGUAUGACAGGCCAUCUAUAACCAUAUUCAGGGAUCUUGCUCACCUCUUCACAAGCACAGGGACCAUGUGGGCAGUAUCAUGCUCAAGUGUCCCAGCACAUUGCAGUCUCCCACAGUCACAAACCAGGCGACCUUGCAGGCCUUGUAGCUUAGAUGAAUGUAUUAGAUCAAUGUGGAAUGCUAGAUUAGUGUGUAUUGGCAGCACUAGAAACAUGUUAAUCCUGCACUGAGGGCCUCUCAACUGGCUGGUACUGCUUCUGAAGAAAAUAUGACCAUUAGAUGACUCCCAACUUGUUUGUUUUUACACCGGCUUUUUUCACUUGCAUGAGUAGUCUUUUAGGUACGCAACUCGGCUUCAUUUACACUUAAUAAUCUGCAUUGAAUCUCCGUCACAGUGACUUCAGGAUUGUGGCAACAUAUCCUAUUAUAUGGAUAGCAUGUCAUGUAUGAAUCAAUGGUACCAGGGAGAGACCUACAAAACAGAAAGUGCAUUAGACUGUCUUGUGUCUGUACAUACUACUCUGACAUGUCUUGCACGUCUUCUUUUUGGAUACGUCUUGGCCUUAAACGAUAAAAUGAAUAUAGGGAGCAGUAGAGCUAGUUGAGAACCUCCAGAAUCUUCAUGACUUGUAUUCAAAUUAAAACCUGUAAAUAUUGAGUAUUGUUUUCACAGCGACUAGGACCAAGACGCAGGUGCAAGCCCUGUAGAUAAUGUACAAAUACUCUGGUCCUAAUCAGUGUGAAAAAUCCACUUCAAUGCACUUCUUUUCUUCACAUUUGUACUGUAUGCAGAGGAUAGGGCUGUUGUAGAAUUAGGUCCCUAAAUCUAGAUUAUUGUCAUCUCUCAAAAUCUGUACAUGUAGGAUAGAUAUAUAUUCUGGCAAUUAACCCUUUAAAGAUUGGGGCUUCCGGUUUUAACCAUUCAUACAAAAAUAUCUCUAAAUUCAGAUGCUGAAGAACAUUUCUAUAAACUAGCUUACGAUGGAUAUGCCUCGGUCUUUAAAGGGUUAAAAUAUUACAUAAGCAGUUUGGUCAUGUGUGAGACAAAUACAUUUUAUCAUAUAGUAAUGCAUAGUUGGCACACCAGUUGAAUUUGUCAGCAAAACAAUGGUUCAUUCUUGGUUUAAUAAAACUUUGGGGUUUUCAGGAAGAAAGGCAAAUGCCACUGUGGAAUCUUCGAAGAAUUUCUCACAUUGUAGAGAUUAAAAGCAUGGUCAUCCUUAGAAAUUCAAUGUGUCUAUCACUGGAAGCCAUUUUAUAUUAACUGGAGAAUGUACAGUUGCCGGGUGUUUCUGUGGCUCAGAUGUGAUGCAUGUGCUCUAGUACAUGCCCUUGUGUAAUCAGUCUGUAAAUAUCUUAUCGAGUUACGUAAAUACUGUGGUCAAAUUUAACUGGUGUCCCUGUGGUUAGUGUUAUUUUAUUUUAUCCUAUGCAAUGGUGUAACCCGGAGGUAGUGAUGAUGCAUGUUGAUUUCAACCAAAUAAAAACAGGUGGGGACUUUAAAACAACUGUUCAAACUUCGUUAGUCAUGAAAUUUCAAGUACCGGUAAUAUCAUAAGUGUCCCGAAAAGUGAGAAUUUGUGAAAUAUUUCUCGACACAUUGGUUUGUUACCGACUCUCCCUGUCACGACCUUGGGUUUAUUCAUUCUAUGUAAAGUAUAUUUCAGCCUAACUGGAACCAAAUCUGCAAUGCAUUACCUGUAAGAUAUGUACAGGCCUUGAUCCCAGUUAGGUUGGACAAAACAACAAGAACUAGUGAUAGAAGGAGCAGUGUACCUAUUGGGAUAUGUAUAUAUGACUUGUACAUCUUUAUAUGAUUAUUUUCUAUGCUAAGUUAUAACAAGUAUAAAGUGUAUAUUCUCUCCAUUGUAGCAAGUUUAAUGAGCUUAAGUGUCUCAGUAGAUUAUGAUCUUGAUGAAUUUGAGUUCAAGUGAAAUUAUUGUCAACGUUAAUUAUAGUUGAAUAGAGGUGAACCUUCGUCUUUAAAUUCACAUAACAGAUUUGCCGCCGUAUAUUUAGUCCUCAGCACAACUGUUAUGGUUUACUGUAUAGAAUGCAUGUGAUUAUGAUAAAGUAAUUAAGAGGAUAGUUUAUAGUUAAUGAUGUUAUGUAGUUCUUAGCCGCUUUGUUAUCUAUGUGUGUCUAGGGGCAAUCCUGCCGUCUUCAGAUUCAUCUUUUGUCAACAUCUUCAAAGUUUUACUGAGAGUUUUUUUGAGAAAUAAGUGAAAUUUGACUAAUUAUCCCAAAGCCAGUCAAUAGAAAUGAACACUCUGAUUACAGAGAGGCCCAUCUCCACAUUAUCGUUUGUCGCCCCGAUUUGCAAUUUGACGCUUGACUUCCGCAUGCAGUGGACUUGCAGUGGAUAUUGAUUGGUCGAAAAGAGUACAAAACUGGCAUCAACUUAGGACAUUUUUUGGAAAGAGUUGCCCAUCAAUGAUCGUAUCAGCUGGUUUCAUGGUAAGAGAACUUUUUUUUCAGUCAUCUAAAACACAUGCAUAUAAGUAUUCACAGGGUCCCAUGUUUUUAUGUGAAGAGUAAAAUUCAGUUGUUGUGACCUUUAAGUAUGAUGUGGCACUUUUGUUUACUUCUGUGAGUUUUUCAAUGCAUACUGUAAAUUGCUGCUGUAUAUUUUACCGUGAGAUGUUCUGUUGGGACCUGAAUUGUUACAAAUGUUUGAGAAAUAGAUGAUUGCCACAGAAAUAUGAUCUUCAAGAUGGCCGCUUAGGCAGUAACCAUAGCAACCCCAGGUCUCUACCUCCUAAUAUCCUCGUAAAACCAUUGAAGAUGUUGACAUUUUCGCUUCAUCGUAUUGAUUCUAUGCCCAUGAAUUACAAAUUGCGUGUUCAUAAAUACCGAUUACGUGUUUUCAUAUUUGUAAAAUACGAUCCCAGUGUAAGAAUCUUACUGUUGUCACGUCGAUGGUUGGUAGAUGAACUAGUUUCUUACCCAGGUUGACAGGUUGUGUAUCUGGACAUUUAAAUGUAUUUCUUACAUCACAAGUUCUACUAGAGAUAUGUGUAGUUGAAAUAUACAAAUAAAUGAACUUUUGAUAUAUGCAUAUUACAAUCUGUGCAUGUCACGUGAUAUGCAUUUUGUGUAAUAUGUGUUACAUGACACUUGAUAUAUACAUAUUAUGUGCAAAUAUGUAAUUCAUGUAUGAUGAAUACAUAUUCUGAACAUGUUGUAUUCAAUAUGUAUAAUUUGUGUGAAAAUUCUCAUGUGUAUAGUUGAAAUCAUCUUCAACCUACUAUUUGCAUAUGUGUGAUGCACCCUGAAAAGAACAUUCUGCUCGAGUGGGACAGAUAAGAUUCAGUGAGGCCUAAAUGCGUAUCAAGUUUAAUGGAUAUUUCAUCAAAAUACUUUAGAAAUGACGAAGUCGGGUCAUAGGAAACUGUUAUCUAGAGGUGGUCCUAGUGAACUUGGGGUAAAUCAACUGUAGUUCAUGAACAAGUUGCUGUUGUGUUGAUAAUUAUCAGUACCUUUAGUUCCUGGGUGAACUGAAAUUGAUGAGCAGUGGAAAAAGUUGUCAUUUGAAAUUAACAAAGUAGCAGUUUUGCUUCGAGUUUAAGUGACCUACUUCUGGUUCGAGGGCCCCUUGUGUUGCGGUAUGCAGCAUCUGUAUUGGAAACGGUUCAAGAAACCAUGGCAAAAGCUUUUAAACCCCAUUCAGUUGUCAAUAAUUUGAAGUAUGUUGGACUGAUUCUCCCCCUGUGCUCCCAAUUGAAACCUUCAUCAUAAUUUCAAACUCAUCUAUUAAACUUUAGAGUGCUUGGGACAUUUUCAGAGGAGGUUAAAUGUGCUACAUUGUGUUCCCAUGAUAUGACUUAGUGAAUGAUGUCAUCUGAACUCAUCUGAUCUAGUUUGGUUUGGUACUGUGUUAAUGGCUUAUUAUUCAAAUCUACGCUUGACAUUGUGUGGUAUUCGCCUUUUUCCUGAUCAAUAUGAAGUCAUCUGGAAAGAGGCGAAUUGACACACACGGCUCAGUACUUCUUCGAAAUGACCCACCAAUUAUUACAGUGUAGUAGUCCAUUUGCUUUUUGUGCAGAAUGCAACAUAGUGAAGAUUGGCCAGUCAAUCUUUUGAUUACUGUAAAAACAUUCUAAUUCAUAAUUUACAGCGAAAUCUGUCUUUGAUAUGUUACGGGUGAGGGCCUCAUCACCAAGCUGAUAAAAACAAAAAAGGCAAAACGAUAAAAGCAAAAAUAAAACGGCUCUUAAAAUGUCCUGAGAUCUCAAUGGGUUUAUUUACUCGAUGUUUAUCAUAAGGGUUUAUUCCAUUAUCAUUGGCAUGUGCAUCUAAUUAUAUCUGUAGAUAGAACUGCAUAUUAAAGAUAAUAGGAAUAUGACUUAGACAUGCAAGAUUUUCAUUUCUGCUGUUCAUGGUUUUACCUUUCAUUUGGAAGUAUGACAAGUAUUUCACCCCCACUGUAUCACAUUUUGAGUGGCUGAGAAAUUUGCCCCUAUUCAGCGAUAUUUAUAAAAAAUUGUGAUUUACUGAUGGCACGUAACUCCUUUCCUUAAAAUGUAAUCGAAUGAAAUUUGAAAUUCAGUUUAUAAACUGAAUCUAUCCCUAGAACAAUACUUGAGAAUUAUUGCUAAAAGAGAGUGUGUUGGUCACCAAUGUUUAGGUUGCUGAUAGGAUUUAUUUGGGAUUUGUUGAUGUCAAAAAAGCAAAUAUCGGGAAAAAAGAAUUCCUACUUUGACUGUGGCAGAGGCUCCUUCACUUGAAAAUUUAUGGUAAAAUAUUUGUCAUAACUUACUGGACAGUAAUUAAUCGUUUCGAACAUUAUUUUAUGGUAAAACUUGCCUAGACAGUUAAUUGUUUAUUCAGAUAUCUUUCUUUGAUUAAACCAUUCUAAAUUGUGAAUAUAUUAUAUAGAGUAUGUAUUAAUUGAAAAUGUAGAGAAAAAUGGAAUGUUAUAUCCUGUAAUAUAUAAAAAUUCUAGAUUUUUCCUAUUAAGACUAAAUUAUAAAUACAUAUAUCAUGAAUGUAAUCAGGUAGCCUGUGAACUAAGUCUUUUUCUAUAGGAAGAUGUAUAUUAUUUUACUCUGAAGGUGUGUACAUUAAACGAGGAAUGUCUCAAAAAAAUCUGGGCCUGCAAUUAAGAACUUAACAGAGUGUCUCUAUGGUGGGCUGUUCUUCGAUGUUUCAGAACAUUUUCUCAUUCUGCAACUCUUUGCGCAUAAAAUUGUGUGUAUAUCUGCAGCGCCACCUGUACAAGAACUCUGUUUACUGCAUUAGUGCCGGCCUGGCAUUGUCUCGAGAUACUCCGCCUUUAAUAACCAUGGUCAUUCUACUUGUGUUCGCAGUGUACAUGAUGUAGUAUUUAUUUAUCAAUAAGAGAGAACUGGACAUAAACAGAGCAUUUCUGGACAAUUCAUGGGGUGAACCAACAAAGAUUCUGAAUAGAUUUUUCAACUCUAUAUCUUUUAAAAACAAUAGAAUACCAGUUACGAUCACAAUUUUCAAAAUUUCAUCAAAGAAUGAAAGUAAUCAAUCUCGAAAGCUAACGCCAUCAGGAGUGUACUCUCUGGCAUAAAGUUUUGCAAUAUUCGCUUCACACAGCCAAGAAAACUAGGCUUCUUUUCAAUUGAUUUUAUUUUACAAUUUAGAGGUGUCCAAAGCAACAACCAGAAAGUGACAAAUAUUUCCAGAAAUGAUCCGUAAUCUCCAGUUUUGUUGGGCCAUGUCUUCAGGAAUAAGAGACACUAGCAAUAUGAGAGUAUAGGAUAUGAGUGUAGAUAAGUGAUUGAGAACGGUAUACAGGAUGGGAAAUACAAUACAACUGUUCCAUUAAGGCCUUUAGAGAGAUGUCCUAAUAACAGAGGUCAGGACCAAAAUCGGUGUCCCGAAUAGAGGGUGUCCUGCUUACUGAGGCAUCUGCUAAGGGAGAUUUCUCUGUAUUGAUGGAAGGUGAGUAAAAACCAGGCAAAUUCAGAACUUAAGUGAUAUUAGCCUGUAUAUUACUGCAGUGUAAAGUCGACCAGGAGAUGUUCUGACUUCCGACAUGUAUUCUGAUGUGGAAAACCAGAAGCAGGAAGUAGCAGGAAGGGGUGGGCGUUUGUGGUGAGGGGUAUAGGGGUGUCUGUUGACUAUGCUUUUAAGAGAGACUGGCACCAUGCCUAGUCUCUCUAAUAACACAGUCAACAGACAACCAUGCCGUCCCGAGCUUCGCGCGAUAUGGACCAUUCUGGGAAAACUCAAUGAGGAAGGUAUGCUCAUUAGCAUAAUCUAUUAUUAGCCCCUUCUCGAGGUAAUCUUGCGCAUUGUUGCUUCUGCUCACAUACAUCGUGCUGGAAAACGUACAAAGAAAGUCUGGCAUGCGCCAGGCUAUAUGCUGGCCGCGUGAGACUACUAUGUUUCGCCAGCUUCGCUAUUUUGCCGCUACGCGGCGCAUUGGGUCCUUGCGUCCAGUCGUGUGCCUGGCAGCACCUGAACGGUUUUACAGUAUGGGGGGCAUUGUAUUCCAUUGAGAACCAGAAAAGUAAUGGGGAAAAUGACUGGAGUUCAUGUCCAGUUUGAUAAAUGCUCAUUUUGAUAUUCACCUUCAAUUAAUACAGAAGUAAGUGUUAAAAUCAAACAUAAACGGUUCAUUACGGCCAACAUUGAACUGAUAGUGUUGUGAAGGCUAGGACUCCUUGUUGGUUUUUCCGUGCGCUGCGCUGUGCUGCUGGCUGACAAUGUCGAUGAGUAGGGCAAAGAUGCACCUGGUUGUCUGAUUGUCCCACAGACGAAAUACUUGAUUUCUGGAAAGACCUUGGAAAUCGGCAAUUCGGCAAAUGAUUUCUGAUUGCGAGUUUCUGAUCCACACCAAGCCGACCUGGCUCACAGUGUCAACAUUUAAUUGGAUUAGAUAUGUAACCUGUUUUCCUUAAUUCUUAUUUUUACUUUAAGUACGGUGAUGAUUACGAACGAGACGUUCUGUUCCGAUAUUAUUAUCAUGUUCAUGCGAUGAAUGGUUUUUACGACUGAAUAAAAUUUUUAACAUCCAGAA